AUGUCCACCCCCACUGAUCUCCAGGCUCUCCUGGCCAGCAUUCGGCCUCGUCCUUCCCCUUCAAACACUCCUGGCCAAGAUAAUACCCAGGCCCAGCGCCAGGCGUAUUAUCAGCAAGGCAUGUUCCCGCCGCACCAGCAGCAGUCUUACGACGGCCAGAGCUACCAUCAUCCUCAACCACACGAUUACCAGCACCCAUCGGUAUCCUCUACCAUCCAAAGUCCUGCGCCAAUGAACACUCCCCCUCACCGGGGUUCUGACAUUUUGAGCCCAAACAUGUCAACCCCCCGAGGUGAAUGGCACCAACCGGCGCCACCUCAACAGCACAGCAACCCGGGUUCCAAUGACCUUCUGAACCUUUUGCGAUUCAGUCAGCGUCCCGGCGGUGCUCCCCAGCCCCAGGCUCCUGCUCCUCCACCCGAGCAUUUGCAGGCCCCGUCAGGUCACGAAGCUCACCCAUCACACGGACGGAACAUCUCCGCCUCUGACUUGGUUGCUUCUUUGUUUGGUAACCAGACCGCAGGCAAUGUAGCUCCCCCAGCUGCCCCGCCUGCUGUGCCUCCAGGUUUCCAAUCUGGACACCCCGAAGGCCCCAAUGAAAACACCCAGGACAUGUUACUUCGCCUUCUCAACCGUUCUCAGUCUGGCUCUUCUGUGCCAAGGUCUCCGGCUCCCGCUCCAAACCAGCAGGCACCAUUUGUGCAGACUCUUUCAGAUGAGCCUCACGGCGAGGCUACCAACAACUUCAUGGAGUAUGUGGAUGAAAGUCCUUUGGCUCCUGCGAACCCGGAAACGGUCGUGUCGCCUAACUCCAAGGACUCGAUGUUCACCUACGUCAACCCCUUCGACCAGUUGGCUGCUAUCUCUCCUCGCAACACUACUCCGAAACAGCCUUCCUCGGGUCAACAAAGUCCUGCUGUUGAAGUGAUGCAGAAGCAAAAGAUCAAUGUUUCCGCAACACUUGAGCGCUCUGCACCCGAGCCAGUGGCCCUCAAACAGGAGCCCCGAUCACCCAUCUUGAGUGAAGGACAGAGAGAAGCGGUGAAUGAUGUUGUUGGCCGUCUUGUAGAUGAGAUUGGCCGCUCCCUCAGUGCUGAAGAGGCGCGGACCGAAGCUGCGGCAAAUGCUGCAGUCUCUAAUGUCAAGGAGGAACCCUCCGAGGCAGUUCUUUCAUCAAUCGCCGACCAGUUGAACGACACCGCUGCUGUAGCCGAAGACGUUGUCAACUCUCUCAAGGUCGAUGAAGUUGCGAAGGAGACUGUGGUGGAAACCCCUGCAGUCCCUGUGACCCUGAAGGUGGCUGACAACACCGAGGCCUUGGCUGACAGUUGGGAAAGUGCGGAAGACAGUGCCGAAAAGGAGGAGGAACGAGUUGUCUCUGUUCACAACUUCCCCAUGAAGCCAUUCAUUUCCAUUGCCGUGAAGGCUACAUCUGGAAAGCUUAACGUCUUCCGUGACGAUGAUGUGAUGGACAUUGCUCGCCUGAAGAAGGAAUUCGACCAGCUCGACCGAUCCCUGACCGCCGCUACAUCGGAGUACAUUGUGUACGCGCUCGCUAAAACCGGUGGCAUCAGAAUCAUCCGACAAGAUGACGGUAGUGAUCGACAGGUCUUCCGUUCCACUCGUGAUCGGGUGUUCAAUGUCGCUCUUUGCACAGCCCCCUCUGCUGCUGGUGACUCUGAAGUCCAGGCCAUUCUUGGCAUUGGAGUCAGUGGCUCUGUUUACUGGGCUUUGAUCUCACGUUCUGGCAAGGACUUCUUUGAUAUGGAUGCCUUGGAAAGUGAGAGUCUGAUCUUCCCGCCUUUCCCGGCUUCGGAUGAGAACACUUCUGGUGGCCAGCUGAAAACGCGGGCCAAGCGAAGCACUCGUCACACCAACCUGUUUGCCAUUGGUCGGGGUAAGAACAUCUACGUCGUUUCUCCCAAGGCGGCGAUGAACCCUGCCUACGGCGUUUCCGGAACCCAGCGCACCGUCAACACCGAGAAAUUCUUCAAGGAACGUGCCUUGAAGAUCUCUACUGGUAAGGCCGGAAAGGACUUUGCCUUCAGUGACGAUGACUCCGUCAUUGCAUCUUUGGAUAAGACUGGUCGUCUGCGCUUUUGGGACAUCAACGACAUGCUGGACGAUUCCAGCCUGGUUGAAGGCCCUCCUCCUGCUGAAAUCAAGGUCCCCUUGACUACCUUUGUCACUGGCUCCCCUACCGAGAAGUCUUGGCCUACCUCGGUUCUUUUCCUUGAUAAGCUUCGUGCCUACUCGCGCUCCAUGGCGCUUCGCUACGUUUUGGUUGGACUCAAGCAGAACCACACCUUGCAGCUCUGGGAUAUUGGGCUCGGCAAGGCUGUGCAGGAGUUGAAGUUCCCUCAUGAGAAUGAGUCCGAUGCUAUUUGCAGCGUCGCUUACCACCCAUCUUCCGGUGUCAUCGUUGUUGGACACCCCACCCGUAACUCAAUUUACUUCGCCCAUCUUUCGGCCCCCCGAUACAAUCUGCCGCAGAUGUCCCAGGCCGCCUACAUUCGUGAUCUCAACGAUAAGGAUAACACUCUCCCCAAGCCGGAAUCCACUGCUUGCCUGAGUGGAAUUCGAGAGAUUUCUCUCGGUGCCAAGGGCCAACUGCGCAGCUUGGAGCUCUUGCCUGUCACGAAACCAGCUUCCGACAAGAACGGCGUCGAAGAGACCCCCUUGUUCGAGUUGUAUGUCAUGCACUCACGCGGUGUCACAUGUCUGAACAUUAAGAAGGAGGACUUGGGCUGGACAGCCGAUAACAAGGUCAUCCGCCCCGUCGAUGCUUUGGAGCAUAACUUGAUUGAAAUCAGUGACUUGCAGACUUUCCCAAGCUACGCGACUGAUGAGCCAUCCAUCAAUGGCGAUACUGCUUCGACCAUGUCUCGUGCUGCUACCAAGGAGCCAGUCAAGAAGGCUGACAUUGGGGAGGCUGCUUCUGGCGUUGCCCCCUCGCGCAACGCCUCGCCUACCAAGUUGGCGAAGAAGAAGAUUUCCGAGGAGCCUAGUGAACUUGCAGCUACACCCAUCACUGUCGACAAGUCUGAAAAGAAGAAGAAGAAGAAGGCUGCAAAGGAACCUGUCGCUACCUCGAGUGUGGAGCCUAUCCCCACAGGCUCCCUUGCUUCUAGGGAUAUUGAUACCAUUGCUUCUUCUACCGCGACAAUGGGUGCGACCCAAGCUGCUGACCACUCACUGCCUACCAGUCUGCCUGGCAUGGGCCUGUCAAGUGAAGCCUUGAACAAGCACAUCCAGACUCUGCAGGGCAGUGUUCAGAGCGAAUUCAACAAGAGCCUUGGCCAAGAAUUCGAGAACCUGCACCGUCGCUUUGACGAAGAACGCCAGAACUGGGACGCUGCCUCGUCGGCCAAGCAGGAUCAAGUGCUGCGCUUGGUUUCCAGCACCCUUUCUGACAACGUUGAGAAGAACUUGACUCGCAUUGUUUCAAGCAGCAUCCAGACCGAUGUGAUUCCGAUCAUCACUGACGCCACUUCCGCCGCGGUCAGCAAGCAACUUAGUGGUGCCAUCUCUCAGCAACUGGGAGGUGCCAUCAACGAGGAGUUGCGCCAGUCACUCCCCAAGGCUGUUAUUCACGCAAUUCAAGAGCCUCUUGUGCUGAAGGCUGUGACUGAGCAUAUUGCGCAGAAACUUGCUCCUCGCAUCGAGACCGGAAUCACCCGCGUUUUGCAGACCUCGAUUGCUCCUAUGCUGGAGUCCUUGGGACGUACCACCCAAAAGGUUGAGAAAGAAAUGGAACGUCAUUUCCAAUCUCAGGUCAAAAAAUACGAGGCUCAGCGCCAAAUUGACAAUGCUAAAAUGGAGGAGAUGGCCGCUGUCCUGCGGGAUCUGACCCAGCAAGUUUCUGUCCUGUCUACCAACCAGAACCAACAACUUCGCCAAAGCCAGACCCCUCCAAAUCAAGCUCCCCCUCAAGAGCCUACGGUCCACCACCAACGAGCCUCUGUUGGGCGUCCAGCUGAUAGCCAGAUGCGUGUGCCCCAGGUGACUCAGCCCCAGCCUCUGGCUCAGUCUCAGGCUGUCCCCAUUCCCGUGCAAGCUCCGGCUCCUAUCCCUGUCCCUGCGCCUGUGCCUCGGUCGCCCGAAGAAGCUGAACUCGCGGAAAUUGUGCAUCUGAUCAACGGUGGUCUUUAUGAGGAGGGAACUAUCAAGUGGCUCCAAUCACACCAGCAAGCUGAUCUGUUCGACAACUUCUUCGUUCACGUAUCACCCAAUUAUUUGUCCCGACUCUCUGCAAUUGUCAUGCUCUCUGUAGCCGUGGCUGUUACCUCUACUCUGGCAACCAACAUUGGCCAGCGCCUGCAUUGGCUCGAGGUUGUUCUUCAGAACGUGGACCCCAGGGAUACCGACCUCCGUGAAGUCGCUCCACGAAUUCUUGAUAUCAUGAGUCAGCGCCUGAACAACCUGUACAUGAAUGUCGUCGAGCGCAACCCGCAUGAUCCCAUCCUGCGUCUCAUCGCACCCCUUGCUCGUCGUGCCCGUGACCUGAUCACCAAUCUGAGCACCAAUCUGAGCUAG